AUGCAACUCGACCAUGACAUUAAAGCAAUCGAAGAAAAACUGAACACAAAACCGUAUCCAGCAGCCAUUUCAAGACUAGAAAUGCAACAUAUAGAUGGGAACAUCACACCACAUGAAACCUGGGCGAUAUUGCGGGUCACGAUCUCGCAGUGCAUUAGUUGCGGGGCGUCGGCCGCUGGCGGCCGCUCAGUUUGUGGCCAGGAUUUCUGUGCAGAGAAAGAGUGUCACGCUCUUAAGAAUGAUUCCAACCCACCCGUGCCUAGAGGAGGCGAAAGGAGUAACACUGUAGUUCUACUGAAAACAACACUGUACCAGCUGCAGAAGCUACAGAUGCUAUCCAAGACUCCAGUAGUCAAAAAGAAGUGGAGAGUAUCUUCUGCAUUGUGA